ACUGUUGUUGCUAAUAGAAGAGAGAAGGGAUGAGAGAGACGUAUCGUUCGGCGACUUGACCAAAAUGCUAUCUAUAUCUUAUCUCCCUUUCUUCAUCGCUCACUGUUCUCAUACAUAGAAGAAAGUUCUCUCUACUUUGCCAACGACAAGUCCCUUCUUUUUUUUUUUGGUUAAUAUAUUAAAUUGGUCUUCUUCUUCUUCCUCAUAGAUAACUUGCUUUAUUAUUAUUAUUAAGAAAAAGGGUAGGUAAUAUUAUUAUUAUUAUUGGAUUAGUGUGGGUGAUCCAUCCGUAGAUCUGCAACUGAGAAAUUCCACAAGCCCACAUCUUCCUUCCUUGGACAAGAUUCCCAUCUUACCAAAAGUUGGCCCCAUUUCAUUGUUAUGUUGUUGAGUAGAGUGGGAUAUCCUAUUGUGAUAUGAGAUGAGAGAUGAGAGAUGAGAGAUGCUCUCUGCCUUGAUGAACUUUCUCAAUGCCUGUCUCUGGCCUACUCGCUCUGACCACCACCACCAAGAUGGAGGUGGAGGCCGUCAAGAUGGGCUCUUGUGGUUCCGAGACUCGGGUCACCACGUCUUUGGUGACUUCUCCAUGGCCGUCGUUCAAGCCAACAACUUGCUCGAGGACCAGAGCCAGCUCGAGUCUGGUUCUCUUUCCUCCUCCUCCUCUGCUCCUCCUUACGGCACCUUUCUUGGCGUCUACGAUGGUCACGGCGGCCCUGAGACUUCCCGCUUCAUCAACCAUCAUCUCUUCCUCCAUCUCAAGAGUGAGAUUUGCUGCGGAGCAAGAGUGUAUGUCGGCUGAUGUGAUAAAGAAAGCCUUCCAAGCUACUGAAGAAGGUUUCCUUUCCUUAGUUUCCAAUCAAUUCCAAACCACGCCUCAACUAGCCACCGUUGGCUCUUGCUGCCUUGUUUGCGUCAUCUCCGAUGGCACUCUCUACGUUGCCAAUGCUGGCGACUCACGUGCCGUCCUCGGACAAUUCUUCAAGUCAACUCCUGCUUUGGGGGAUGUUCACGCCACUCAGCUCUCUGCUGAGCACAAUGCCUCCAUUGAGUCUGUGCGACGGGAACUCCACGCCCUGCAUCCCGACCAUCCUGAUAUCGUGCUUCUUAAACAUAACGUUUGGAGAGUCAAAGGAAUCAUUCAGGUUUCAAGAUCCAUAGGGGAUGUGUAUCUGAAACGGUCCGAGUUCAACAGGGAGCCACUGUAUGCAAAAUUCAGACUGAGGGCCCCCUUCAGCAGGCCGUUGCUGAGUGCAGAGCCGUCGAUCACGGUGCAUGCACUGCAGCCCCAUGACCAGUUUAUAAUAUGUGCCUCCGAUGGACUAUGGGAACAUAUGAGCAACCAAGAAGCUGUAGAGAUAGUCCAUACUCAUCCGCGUAACGGGAUAGCAAAGAGGCUGGUGAAAAUGGCGCUUAAAGAAGCGGCGAAGAAGAGAGAGAUGAGGUACUCAGACCUCAAAAAGAUAGACAGGGGGGUACGAAGGCAUUUCCACGAUGACAUAACAGUCAUAGUUGUCUUCUUCGACACAAGCCUAGUUGUGAGCAGAGCGAGAGGGCCGGCGGUGUCAGUGAGAGGAGCGGGAGUGAACCUUCCUCACAACAGCUUGGCGCCUUGCACCACCGCUGGCGCCUCCUGACCCUCAAUUAUUUCCAUACAAGAUGAUGAUGUGCUGCUUUGUAAACUAUUUAUCUAUAUAUAUAUAUAUUUAAUUAUUGUUUAUUGUUGUUGAUUGGGGAAGGGAUCAUCUAGUGGUAGUUUUGUUAGUCUUAAAAAAUAUAUAUACAUCUGUUUUUUUGCCUUAAUGUAUUAAACCCCUUGAGCUA